CAGUAUACCCAACUUCUCUAUCUGCUUCAUUAAAUCCUAUUCCUAUUUCCUAGUACUAUAAAAGGUCGCAUUAGCACGGCAGGUUCCCUAGCUCACCAAAGAACCAAACCAAACCAAAGCAUGCCAUCAUUCAUGGCUUUCCUUUCACAUCCUUAUUUCUUUGCAGCUUUGUCUGCAUCUUUGACUCUUUUGGUGGUCCAACUUCUGUUCAGAAAACUGAACAAAAGGCAUAGUAGAAAGAAGUACCACCCUGUUGCUGGCACCAUCUUCAAUCAGAUGCUCAACUUCAACAGGCUGCACCAUUAUAUGACUGAUCUUGCUGCCAAGCACAGGACUUACAGGCUGCUCAACCCUUUCAGAUAUGAGGUUUACACCACUGAGCCAACUAAUGUUGAGUAUAUACUCAAAACCAAUUUUGAGAAUUAUGGAAAGGGCUUAUACAACUACCACAAUUUGAAGGAUUUACUAGGUGAUGGGAUCUUCACUGUUGAUGGCGAGAAAUGGCGGGAACAAAGGAAGAUAUCAAGUCAUGAAUUCUCCACCAAGAUGUUAAGGGACUUCAGCAUUUCAAUAUUUAGAAAGAAUGUAGUAAAACUUGUAAACAUAGUGUCUGAAGCUGCAACUUCUAACAGUACGUUGGAAAUCCAAGACCUUUUAAUGAAAUCAACACUGGAUUCAAUUUUCCAAGUUGCAUUUGGAACUGAACUUGACAGCAUGUGUGGAUCAAGUCAAGAAGGGAAGAUUUUUGCUGAUGCUUUUGAUACUUCCAGUGCACUAACCCUUUAUCGUUAUGUUGAUGUCUUCUGGAAGAUAAAGAAAUUCCUGAAUAUUGGAUCGGAGGCCAAAUUAAGAAAGACCACUGAAAUUUUAAAUGAAUUUGUUUUCAAGCUAAUCAACACUAGAAUUCUUCAAAUGCAGAUUUCAAAGGGAGAUUCUGGUAGCAAACGAGGAGAUAUUCUGUCAAGGUUUCUGCAAGUGAAGGAAUAUGAUCCAACAUACUUACGAGAUAUAAUUCUAAACUUUGUUAUUGCGGGGAAAGACACGACGGCUGCCACACUUUCUUGGUUCAUGUACAUGCUGUGUAAGUAUCCUGAAGUUCAAGAAAAAGCAGCAGAAGAAGUGAAAGAAGCAACAAACACAAAAAGAAUUAGUAGCUAUAAUGAGUUUGUGUACAGUGUCACAGAUGAAGCUCUUGAAAGGAUGAACUAUCUCCAUGCAGCAAUUACUGAAACUCUCAGACUUUAUCCUGCAGUUCCCGUGGAUGCAAAGAUUUGUUUUUCUGAUGAUACACUACCUGAUGGAUAUAGUGUAAAUAAAGGAGAUAUGGUAUCUUACCAACCUUAUGCAAUGGGUCGGAUGAAAUUUAUAUGGGGUGAUGAUGCAGAGGAUUUUAGACCAGAAAGAUGGCUUGAUGAGAAUGGCAUUUUUAAGCCAGAGAGCCCUUUCAAGUUUACAGCUUUUCAGGCUGGUCCUCGGAUUUGCCUAGGAAAGGAGUUUGCUUAUAGACAGAUGAAGAUAUUUGCAGCAGUUUUGUUAGGCUGUUUCCGCUUCAAAUUGAAGGAUGAGAAGAAAAAUGUCACCUACAAAACGAUGAUAAAUCUUCAUAUUGAUGAAGGUCUUGAAAUCAAGGCCUUUAAUAGAUACAGGGAUUAAAAGAUUGUUGGAACAAUCCAAACUCUAGUGAAAACCUCAAAGUAGUUUAACAAAAGAGAAUGAAAGUGUAUUUGAAAGUCAAAGAUGAGUUGUUGACAGGUUAUUGUUUUCAACUAAGUUAAUAAUGUAUAUUGUUCUAUGUUAUUAAAAUAAUUAUUAAGAAGUGUUUCGAUAGCUAUAAAGUUUUGCAUUGUUUAGAAGUCAA